AAGAGUAUCAUUUAAAGUGAUAGUUAUGUGUUAGUCGUGUGUUUGUGGAAAUGGAUGGCAUUUCAGUGGCCAACGGAAUGAACGAACAAACGGCGGCUACUCUGCAGUGGUUGCAGCAGUACUUCUACGGCCGCUCCAGUGUCUCCAUAUCCCGAUCCUCCAUGUAUUCCAUGUAUGGAUCCUUUUGUCAGCAAAACAACUACCGACCCGUUUGUAAGGCAACGUUUGGCAAAUUCCCAUUCGUCACAUCCAAACGUCUGGGCGCCAGAGGACAGUCUAAAUACCAUUAUUACGGGAUCGCUCUUAAAGAUAAUUCUCAAAUAACAAGUAAUAAUGACUGCGAUUACGACAAACCCGUGACCCGGUUCUCCCGAAAUGCCCGACUCCUCAACCCUAACGACUAUCACGCGAUUCUCCAUUCAAUGGUUUCUGUGACAGAAUCGCCGCAAUCCACUCCUCUUGAAUGUAUUCUUGAUUCUGCUUUGGCUCACAAUUAUUCGCAGAUGAGACACUAUAUCAUACAUUUCUGGCAACAACUGCCAAAUCACGUGCAAAUCGACUUAGAAGUGCUCAAAACUUUAGAUCUUAACCUUUACUCAACCCUCGAAGAUAUAUACUUAAGACUUGACGCCAGUCUGGAUCAGUUGCGGCACUUAUACGCCAUCGCAUCACUUAAUCCUUUAUGGCUUAAGAAAGCACUCGAUAACUACAGUAACAAACUGGUCGGACAUUUAUCACAAAUUCAUUGCUCAGUGAAUGCAUUGCGAGAACUCAAUUACGAAGACUUGUAUCUCAUUAAUGACAAUAUAAUGCAAACUUUUAUGUAUUUAUUGGACGACAUAAGCGUGAGAUGUGCGGCGAAAUCGUUGAGGAACGGGAGACUCUUGAACUCACGCAACACUCCCGUCAGGUAUUCCUCUAAAUUCAGUUUUCCGAUCUCUUCAUUCAGCACAUCGUCUUCACUGAUGUCGCCGACGCCUUCCGCCCACUCCUCGUCUAUGAUUCCGAUAUCACUCGAGUCUAACUUCGCGGCCGCACCGCGAAUAAAGCCAUCGCCGGCGCCGCUCAGCUCAUCCUCGUCCUCAUCGUCGUCGUCAUCACUCGUCGUCUGA